AUGGCAAAGCUAUGGAAAGCCGAAGCCGGAGCGGUGAUUGUAGAGGAUGGGGAGAAGCUGAGGACGAUUCUGAGGACGCUAGAAGGUGGAAUGGUAGGCGGGAGGAUCGUGGGCGCUGUUGCCAAAGGAGGACUGCUUAGGAGGCAGUUCAGCAAUUUGAGCGAUGCUGCAUCACCACCUACACUGGAGAGACAGGGAAGCAGUUCGCUUGGAAUGGGAAGUCUGCAGGUCAACGAAAAUGAAGGUGCUGAGAACGAGAAGGAUGAGAGUAGUCGAGACCCCAGGAGUUGGUUGAAGGUCGUCGGUGCUUUUCAACAACCGAGAUUCACUUACGAUGUUGAAAAGAAACACUUUUUGACCAUAUCCACCAAGCCAAGCUCAUUCCCCGACCCCAAAGAGAAGACAAGGGUGUUCCGAGAAAGAUACAACAUUAUCCUCCAGCGACUCCAACGGAAUUCCUCAUUCCAAGCUCCCUCUCUCAGCGCUGGACAGAAAGGUCCAGCGGCACGGAGAAGAGACAAGGGAGGCGCGGCGGAAGUACGAAGUCAUUACAAGCUCACACCAAUCGCCAAUCUACUUGGUCGUGGAGGAUCUUCACAUCUCUUACUGGGAAUKCUAGCAAUUGCUCCCACUGGAACGUUGGCACUCAACGAUCUUAGCGGCAGCAUAUCCCUUGAUCUUCAACACGCUUCCCCCAUGGCUGUCGCCGGAGACUGCAUACCCUACUUCUGCCCGGGAAUGAUCGUGCUUAUCGAUGGGCUUUACGAAGAAGACUGGAAUGGCACAGGUUCCAGUAGAUUAGGCAACACAGGUGGGGUGGGAGGAACAAUCGGCGGACGUUUUGUGGGGUUUGAAAUCUUUCACCCAGCAGUUGAGAAAAGGGAUGUUGCUCUCGGUAUCAACCUUUCAGCCGGAGAAUUGGGAGGUGGUUUCGGCUGGGUCGAUUUCCUUGGUCAAGGUUCCGAGCGAGCAGUCGGAGCAAGAAUGAAGAAACUUGAACGUCAACUCAUCGGCCCAAACGCAGAGAUCGUCGAGGAAACACAAAAAAAGAUGGUCAUCAUGUCGGAACUUCAUCUCGACGAUCCAACUACACUGGCCGCUCUUCGUACACUUCUCGAAGAGUACGCCGAGAAACCGAACCCACCCAUGACCUUCCUCUUAAUGGGAAAUUUCUCCUCAAAAGCCAGUCUCGCAGGCAGCGGAACGGGGAGCAUAGAGUACAAAGAACUCUUCAACGAUCUCGCCGCUGUCCUCUCUGACUUCCCCUCCUUGCUUCGAUCCAGCACCUGGGUGUUUGUACCUGGAGAUAACGACCCUUGGGCAAGUGCAUUCAGUGCUGGAGCAAGCACAAUAAUCCCUCGACAAGGCGUGCCUGAGCUGUUCACAAAUCGUAUCAAACGCGCCUUCGCGAACGCCAAGAAUGAGAUUGGAGCAAAGAAAGCGGAGGUUGAAGGAGAGGCUGUCUGGACGAGCAAUCCCACUCGCUUAAGUCUUUUCGGACCCGCGCAUGAACUUGUGGUUUUCAGGGACGACUUGAGUGGACGACUGCGAAGGAACGCUAUUCGGAUAGGACAGGCUAUUCAGAAAGAAGAAGCGGAUGUUACGAUGUCUGGCGCUUUGCAAGAAGACGAGGAGGAAGCGGCGUUGCCGUCUACAGAGCAUGAUAUCAUGCCCAGCGAUACGCAAAUGACCCUCGAAGAACCCUCACUGCCGGAUCCGUUGGUUAUCACAAAAAAUUCCGAGUCGCAUGCUAUGAAGGAAGCGAAACGUUUGGUGCUGUCUUUGCUGCCACAGAGUACGUUGAGUCCACAUCCUAUGACCGUCAGGCCGGUCUCGUGGGAGUAUGCACCCAGUUCACUGGGGCUGUAUCCUCUGCCCAACACCUUGAUUCUGGGUGACGCGGAGGCUGGCGCGUUUUGUCUGACAUUCGAGGGGUGUCAUGUUGUGAAUCCGGGGAGAUUUUUGGGAGAGGGCGGCAAGAGGAGGAGGAUCGGGUGGGUUGAGUACGAUGUCUGGGGGAAGAGAGGACUGGUUCGAGAAGGAUGGGUUGGUUGA